CCAAAAGAUGCCCAUUAACUGGGUGUUGCAAGGCGAGGUUCCACUGUGCUUCUGAAUGAGUUUGUAUUCCCUAUAUACAUUGCGUAUUCACCAGGCAGCAUGCUGGAGUCAUGAUGGGAGAGUUCUAGUAUUUGCUGUGGCAAAUGAGCCUGCACUAUAUUCACUACAAUUUCAGGAUGUUGGUAAUGGGGACAACAAAACAUCUGUGGCAAAAGGUGCACGGCUGGCUGUAAGAUGUGCUGAUUUGACAUCAUACAGCUGGGAGCUGGAUGAGGAGUUAGUGACUGUAGGGGGCUGUGUUCGUUCCAUGGCUUGGGAUCCACUCGGUGAAAGACUAGCAGUUAUAUUUAAAGAUGAAGGCAAACAUGCUCAAGAACUAGUUGCUGUAUUUAAAACAAGAUUGAAACCAACAUUUGAAAUCAUGCCAAGUGGCUUUGUACGAGGCCCUCCUAAUACAGUCCCAGAACUUGUCACCUUCCAGCAAGACUUCAAGAAAGGAGCCCUUCUCACUGUUUGUUGGUCAGAUGGUUGUGUCUCCUUCAUUCCACUACUAUUUUCUCCAUCUUCUCAUAAUGCCUCUCCAAGUCAGUUUGAAAAUGGAACAUUUGCUAAUAGUUUGUCUUCACAUUAAUUUUUGAAAACACAAUGAAACUUGUACAUAAGUAAGAUGUCUGUUUAAUAAAUAACAUUUUGUAACAGAAAAAAAAAUUGUAGCAAUUGUACUGUUCUUUUGUCUCUCACAUUAAUAUCAUUAUUGGUCAGGGUAUGUUUCUUUGGGAAAAUCCAAUAUUGAAUUCUUAGAUCUAAAAACGGAUUUUGUGUUUCUUUACUAAACAAAUCUUAGUAAGGAAGUGUAGAAUACUGUGACAAACUAGGGUUUGUCAUGGUAUUCUACCAUCAUCCACACAGAGAGAAGUGCAGAAGUAAAUAAAGAAUUACAGCAGUGGUAGUUUGUCACGGUAUUCUACACUUCGGAAUCCAUGUGUAGAGCACGAUAGUGUGGAUAUCAAAGUGUAGAAACCAGGGAUUUGAUGACCAUUACUAGACGUAUAUUUAUGAAACAGAUUAAUCCAAGAUCACUUGGAUCAAGGUGAAUCAAAGAAACUGAAGAAUCCCAGAGUGGACUUGUUAGUUUCUUUGAUGCACCAUGAUCUGAGUGAUCUUGGUUAUCUGUGUAGUAAAGAAACACUGGUACAAAAUCCGUUUUGGAUUUAUGUGGCAAACUGGUUCGUAAUGAUAAGAACUCUGAUUGGUUCCCCGAGAAGUCUGAAUUUUACAAUA